CAAAGUACUGUCAACAAACUGGCGGACUGCACUCGGUCAGACAUAGUGUGCUCCUCGAACUGCAGGCUGUGCUGUUAUGUCGGUUACCAUGGCAACUAGUCUGUGCCUAGAUGACUUUGACCUCAUCCAGCUAGUGACGUCAGACAUGAACGGAAUCCCCAGGGGCAAGCUGAUCCCUCGAGAUGUGGCUAAAAAUAAACUAGCCGGUUUAGAGGUUCCACAAAUCAUCCACUGCUGCGGUACUGCCUGUGACCUUCCCCCGAUGUCCCGAGAAGACAACUUCGGCAAUGGCGUCACAGUUCCAGACUGGUCUAGCCUGGUUGGGCUCCCGUCGGCCACCCGCCCUGGCCGCAGGGUGGGCCAGCUCAUCAUUGGCCACCUGCUCCAGGAAGAUGGCCAGCCUGACCCCACCUCGCCUCGAUAUUGUGUGCAGCAACUGUUGACCAAACUGGACGGUCUCGGCUACAAAUUACACGGCUAUUUCUCCUGUCAGUUUUUUGUCUUCAAACAGGGAGAGAACCGAGAAUAUCUUGAUGAAAGCCAGGUGCCGGUCUACACGGGAGGGGAGGGAGGGGAGGGAGGGGAGGGCAUGAUGCUGGAACUGUGUCGACAACUGCUGAUGGUUGGGGUUGAGGUUCAUUCAUGGUCAGCUGGAGGUCAAGGUAUGUAUGAGAUCUCUCUAGCCCCCUGUGAAGGCCUGACGGUGGCUGACAUGGCCUGGCGGCUUCGACUGGGGGUCAGGGCUGUGCUGGCCCAACACGGAUACCACGUGACUUUCAUGACCCGACCUCAGGGUCACAAGCCUGCAGGGACCAAGCUGACCUUCACGCUACGUGACGUCACUGGCCGAAAUCUUUUUCUCGACAGAUCUACACCUGAUCAUUUCUCAGUCGUGUGUGGUCAGUGGUUGGCUGGUAUCAUUCACCACGGCCCCGCCCUGACUGCCCUAUGCCGCCCUACGGUCAACUGUUAUGGUCACGAUGACGUCACGUCACCUAGACGUUUUGACUGGGACGUCAACAACGUGACGUCAUUUCUCAACGUUCAAGUCGCUGAGCAUGAGGUGUGGGUGGAGCAGCAGACGGCUAGUUCCGCCAGCAACCCCUACCUGCUCCUGCUGGCCACACUAGCGGCGGGGUGGGACGGCCAGAACACGGGGCUGACCUGCCCAGAGAGACGCAGUCCGGCGGCCGUCGCUAGGCCCAGCACAUUGGCAGAUUGUCUGCCUGCUCUACAGGCGGACGGGGUGAUGGCACGCGCCAUGACGUCACUCAUCCACCAGUCCUUCGUCUCAGUCAAACAACAUUUUGAAGUUGACAAGUUCAAGGCCACAGAAACUCUGGAGGCCACGAGAGAGCUGGAAAACUAUCUUUAUUACACGCGAAUUUAGUUUUUUUUUUCCCACAACAAUGUAUGUGCUUUUUUUUUAUUUAACUGUAUUAACCAGUUGGUAAAACUUUCUUACUCACAUGUAUUUCAGUUUCUAGUAAAACUUAUAAUUCACAUUCAUUUUAGUUUUUAGUAAAACUAAUAAUUCACAUUCAUUUUAGUUUUUAGUAAAACUUAUGAUUUACAUUCAUUUCAGUUUUUAAUAAAACUUAUAAUUCACA